CUGUUGAAAAAAGUCCCCACAACACGGAAGUUCCCUGGGGUGAGAUCAGGGAGGGAAGAGACCCCGAGAACCUGCCGGGGGCUGGAGCCAGCAUGAGCCGGGGGUCCAGGUCAGGGGCGCGAGUGCAACAGGAGAAUGUCCCCUCCCAUCUCCUCCUGGAUCACGAAAACCAGCAGGUGUUUGAGCUCCUGGGCCGGAAAUGCACGACCCUGGCCACCUCGGUGGCCCAGCUGUACCAGGCCUUGCCCCCCAACAGCCAGAUCUGGGGGAAGCAGGGCUGCGGGGUCCUGUGCCUGGUGAAGGACAAUCCCCAGCGCUCCUACUUCAUCCGCCUCUUUGACCUCAAGGAGAGGAGGCUGACAUGGGAGCUGGAGCUCUCCAGCCAGCUGGUCUAUUCCGCCGUCACCCCCUAUUUCCACACCGUCCCCGGGGACGAAUGCCAGGCCGGGCUGAACUUUGCGGACGAGGCUGAGGCCCACAACUUCUACGUGCUGGUGGAGGAGAAGGUCCAGAAGCGACAGCAGAGGAUGGAGAAACGGCAGCUCCCCCCACCACCUCCCCCGGUCAAUGAAGAGCGACGGGCAUUGACGCUGCCUCGAUCCCCGAUGCCCGGGGGAGACAUGAAUGGUCCCAGCAAACAGCCGAAUUCCCCCUCCAGCUCCUUGAACCUGAUGACGAUGGACAUCCAGAACCCGGACAUCACCUCGUCCCGGUACCGGGGGCUGCCGGUGCCCACGGCCUCCGAGAAGAAGAAGGGCAAGAAAAAGAUCUCCAAGGCCGACAUUGGCGCCCCAAGCGGAUUCAAGCAUGUCACCCACGUUGGAUGGGACCCCAACACUGGCUUUGACGUGAAUAACCUGGAUCCCGACCUGAAGACGCUCUUCUCCCAGGCUGGGAUCAGCGAGGCGCAGCUGACUGACGCCGAGACCUCCAAACUCAUCUACGAUUUCAUCGAGGGCCAGGGUGGGCUAGAGGCUGUGAAGGAGGAGCUGAGACGCCAGAGUCCAGCACCACCUCCGCCCCCCAUGACCCGGUCCGGGCCCCUCCCUCCACCCACCCAUUCCUCAGGAGGAGCAGGUCUGCCCACCCCCGAGAUGCUGGACUCCCCACCGCCCCCGCAGAGCUCCGAGGGCCUGGUGGGGGCGCUCAUGCAUGUCAUGCAGAAGCGGAGCAAAGUGAUUCACUCCUCAGACGAAGGCGAGGACAACGGCGGGGACGAGGAGGAUGAUGACGAAUGGGACGACUGAACUCCGUCCCCAGCAAGAAAAGCUCCCCCCCCUUGUGUGCUGGGCACUGUGCCCCACUCCCCUGGGUGAUCCCCCAGCCCAUCUGGCCCCUUUGCAAUAAAGACAGCUCUCCGCUUGA